CUGCGUUCAUCAUGGCGGCUGUUUUUUUUUUGGAUUUAGAUAGUCAGUCUCAGUAAACAUCAUUUUUUUCGCUUGUCCGACUAAGGAAGAGACGCACUCAACGCAGUGACUUGGUUUCGCAGUUUAUUCGUCCAAGUACUACUGUUGAAAAUGGAGUUAGUAGUAGACCACAGUGUUUUUGCAAAACUUAUGCAAAGUCUUACACAUCAGCGUUUUUCUACUACCGCUAGAUUCAUGAGCCAUGUGGACUGACGUUCUGUCAGACGACUCCUCGUGGAAAAAGUGGCGCGCGAACUCGAAAGAACGAAAGCAGGAGCAUACGACAAGAGACGGACAUUCAACGAGCGAAGUGCGGCCGCAGGAACAGGAGCACGAUAAUUUCAGCAAAAAUUCGCAUCCGGUUAUUGCGGACGCCUCGGGCAGUGCCUCAGCGACAACUGCGACUCUCGGCGGCGACGAGUGUGGACAAGCUACUCUCGGACAAGAAGCAACAUCCUCUUUUUCCAUACCAGCUGGGCUGCCAGUACAAAGCCGGAUGAACAACCUGGACCAUUCGUCAAACAUGACAGCAGAUCAGGGCAACAAGAGCCAGCCUUCGUGCCGGGACACCAGCAUGGCUUCUCCAGCGACGCCCACGCUGGGGUCUAGUGGCAAACAACCGAAGAACUACACCAGGGAUCACCAAAACGUUGGCGCGAAUGGUGCGGAGGAGAAUCCUACUCUCCGCCAAGCUGGAUACAGUGAGAG